CCCCCCCUUGCCUGAAUGCUCCUCUGCCAUCUCCUGCAGUUUCGGCAGGCACAGGGAGUUUCGGGAAUGAGCCACAUCUGACAGCAGGCGUACGAAACUACAACAUUUUAGAAGCAGAAGUGACCAGUGAAUGCCAUGGACCCCUGGUCUUAGCUCCAUGAUCAAGUCGCUCGCCUGAUGCCUCUUCUGACCGUUCUGUCUGUUCCUGAACCGUUUGCAUGACCUAUCAGAACGUAGAAAGGCUAGUAUCGUUCAUAGUUUCUGCCUGCAACCAGGUGUCUUCUCUGCUGACCAGCUGAAUACUUCUGGAUGUCAGAACGAGAUCAAGCUUCCAUUUUGACAAUUUUAACUCUGCAAACCGUCGUUAGAUAUGUAACUUAUUAUGAUCACUACCAUAGUUAUGUUGAACGCCGCUGCGACUAGGGCGAAGGCAGUGUAGUUUCUCAAGCGCUACCCUCGCUCGCAUCGUUUAUUCGAGCUAUAUGGUGAGCAUUGCGUUUAUAGGUAGUCGUUACUUCCCGUGCUGUAGGAUAUCCCUUUUCUAUUCUAAGCUCGGCUUUUCAGGCGCCGAGAAAGCAGUGCUUCGCCAACGUGUUGGCUCCAAACCAACAUCUACAUCACACGGCAACAUCCGUCCUUCCUGUCAGGCACCCAGGGCUGAAACAGGGUAAAGAUUACCUCUACGGCUGUUUCAUGGCACUCCUCUUCGUUUGCUGAUUGAAGUUGUUGCACACCAUCCUAACUUGAGAUUUUUCCAGAAGCCUAUACCGGCUCAAGGGUGCAUCUUCGGAAGCUUGACAUCAGCAGCAGCAGCAGCAUCAAGGUCAGACGCAGCAGCAGCCUUCUUCUCAGCCACAGGUUCGAGCUACUCAAGGGUGUUAUGCAGCAGCAACAAGCGACACGGUUCAUGGCUCCCAAUCAAGCUCAAACACAACCAGUUCAGCACUGGCAGAACCAAUCUCAGCAACUGCAACAGCAACAGCAACAGCAACAGCAGCCUGCUUUUCUGAGUCAGCAAAUGGCGUCUAGUCAGCCGCCUUUCCAGCAGCAGAGCUCCAAUCAGCAGCGAGCUCUUGUUCAGCAACCCCAGCAUCCGGCACAGCAACAGCAGCCACAAAGCAACUAUCAGUCUUCGCAAAUGCAAUAUCAGCAGCAGCCUCAGCAAGUAACUCUGCAGCAGGCCCAGCAGUACCAGCAGCCGGUGAUGUAUCAGCAGACGCAACAACCACAGCAGCAGACUUUCCAGACGCAGCAGCAAUCAUUUCAGCCGCAGCAGCAGGCUUAUCAGUCGCACCAGCAAACGUACCCGCCACAAUCGCAACUUCAGCAGCAGCCACAACCGCAGCAGCAACAAGUCUACCAGACCCAGUCGCAACAUCAGCCGCAGGCAAACUUCCAGGCACAGCAGCCACAACAGCCGCAGCUGCAGUAUCAGCAGCAAAAUCUGUACGCCCAGCAGCAGCAGCAGCCAGCACCUGUGGCUCAACCGAAUGCAUACCAGCAGCAGCCGCAGCCGCAGCAACAGCAGUAUCAGCCAGCUCACCAGCCUCAAGCACAACCGAGUUACCAGAUGCAUCAGCCUCAGAUGCAACCCUCUCAGGCAGCACCUGCGCCAACGGCGCUCCCCCAACAGUCUGCGGCUCCUCAACCAUUAAUCACUCCACCUCUGAUAGCGCAACCACAGCCGCAACAGCAAUUCCUGCAGUCUCAAAGCAACCCGCAGCAGCAGCAACUGCAGCAGCAGCAGCCGCAACCGAUGCAGCCUAUCUAUUCCUCUCAAGUUCCGGCACCUCAGUACCAGAACCAAGCGCCAGCAGCAGCAGCAGCGCCUCCUCAGUACAAUCCUGUUGCGUCUGUUGGUGGAGGUCAGAUGCAAAUAAGCCCUCAUCCACCCCAGCCACAAUUUCAACCGAUGGCUCAGCCGCAGCCGCAGCCGCAGCCGCAGAUGCAGGCGACGCCAAUGCAAGCGACGCCUAUGCAGGCGGCGCAAAUGCUUUCUCACGUCCCAAGCCAGGCUCCAUGCAAGUGGAAUCGGGCGCGUGCGGGCCGUUCACGGUGGCGCAGUGGCAGGAGCUGGAGCAGCAGGCGCUCAUAUUCAAGUACCUCGUCGCGGGAGCGCCUGUCCCGCUGGAGCUCGUUUCCCGCCUGCGCGUGUCCAUGCCGCCGCUGGCGUUCGGCCUUCAGGCAUUCCACCCUAUGGGAGCCUUCAUGCCAUCGUUCUGGGGGCCGUCGAUGCAAGUGGAUCUGGAGCCGUUCAGGUGCCGCCGCACAGACGGCAAGAAGUGGAGAUGCGCCCGAGAGGUGGUGGCGGACCAGAAGUACUGCGAGCGCCACCUGCACCGCGGCCGCAACCGCGCACGCAAGCUCAACGACAAGGCCACGCCCGGAACCUCCCUCGUGGCUGACGAGGGGGACCCCACCCCAGCCACCACUGCCACCACCGCCACCACGGCCACCACAGGCACCGUUGGCAGUGGUGGGACGCAGGGCGCCUCUGCUGCAGAUGGGUGUCUUACGAGUGAUGGAGUCAGAGCGAUGGAGUCGGUGGACGAUGGGCGGGGCGUUAGCACUGGUGCGAUGGACGCCAGUGCAGGUAGGGGGAUGGGGGCUAACAGUGGGGGUGGCGGGGUUGCUGACAGGACAGUCACUGCAUCGAGUGGCAAUAGUGGUGGCGACACUGUUUCUGCAUUGGCGGAGCAUGCGGCAGGACGGGAGAAUGGCGUUUGUGCAUGGGUGAGGGAGAGCGAGUGGAGGGGAGUGGA